ACCGCACUCCAUCUCGGCACCCCCCUUCACCGAAAAAAAAAAAACUUUCCUCCCCCUCAUUGCGCUUUAGCAUCACCUGUGUUCGGAACCAUAACAGUUUGAGCUCGACUGGGCGCAAAUGGCACGGAGAAUGAAGGCGGCUGCUGAAACAGGAGAUAUCAAUGGCUUGUACGAUUCAAUUAAGGAGGACCCUAAUGUUUUGGAUAGUAUAGAUGCUAUACCUUUCGUUGAUACUCCUCUACAUACAGCCGCCUCGGCAGGACAUACUGAUUUCGCUGUAGAAAUCUUGAGAUUGAAGCCAUCAUUUGGUAGGAAGCUGAACCCAGAAGGGCUAAGCUCCUUGCACCUGGCUUUGAUAAAUCACAAGUUUGAUACGGUAAAACGACUCAUAAAGUUGGACAAGGAGCUCAUACGGGUCAAAGGAAAGCAAGGGGAGACUCCUUUGCAUUUCAUUGCCAGAAAAGAAGACAUCAAUGCCGAUCAACAACAAAGAGUACUGGAUGAUCAUCACGUUAAUGCCGAUCAACAACAAAAUGUACUGGAUCAACAACAAAGAGAACUGGAUGAUCAUCGGGUUAAUACUUUGGCAGAUUUCCUAUUUGCUUGUCCGAAUUCAAUUGACGACCUGACAAAUCAAGAUGAGACUGCUCUGCAUAUCGCCGUGAAAACCAAGAAUAAAAGUGCUGUAGAAAUCAUAUUGGGACUUAUUCGUAGGAUUAACAAGAAAAGAUUGGUGGCCAACAAAGAUGACAAAGGGAACACUGCUUUGCAUUUAGCGGUGAAAAAUUCGCAGCUCGAGCUGGUGAAGUUAUUAGUUAAAGAGUCCUUUGCGGACAGAAACGCAAAGAAUUCAGAGACACAGACUGCACUGGACAUCGCUUUGCUACUUGAGCAGAGUGAUGAAGCCAGAUCGAUUGUGAAUACUUUACGCCGUGCAGGAGCUUUAGGAAGUUCAUCCUCUGCUACUAAUGACUAUAGUCUUGCUAAAUUUUUAAAUUCGCCUGCGGGAUGUUUCGAAGUAGUCUAUAAACUUAAGUUUUUUAUGGAUAGAGAAGUGCCAAUGGAGCUGGGUACUAUUGGACUGGUGGUAGCUGUGCUAAUUGCAACGGCGACCUUCACAGCUAUACUUAGCCCCCCUGGAGGGAUAGGCGGUGGCGGCAACGACCUUCUUUCAAAUGGCGGUAAUGUCAACGCCACAGUUUCAUCCACCAACAACCUAUUUGGUGCUAACACCAGUUUUAUUAACGCCACCUUAUCCAUUCCCACUGACAAUCCUGCAGAUACUUAUGGAUCUGCCUUCCUCUAUUUUUAUGUAUUGAACACAUGUGCCUUUGUUCUCUCGAUGGCGGUGAUAAUGUUUGUCCUCCCAAUAUCGAAUAACUUAUUUGCUCUACUGCAUGGCGCUCUUUUAUUUAUGAUGAUAGCCUAUGGGUGUUCAUUUCGCCUCAUAUCACCAUUUCAUGGUUACUCUGAGAUAUUUUUUAACGUAUCCUAUCUUUGUGCGAUUCUGGUUUAUUUCUGCAAUUUUAUGGCGAAUGCAAUUGGAGUUGUCGACAACAGGACGAGGAGUCGUAUCCUCUUCGCGUCAGAGCUUCAAAAGAAACGCCUUAUGAUGCUAAAACGUUUGUUGGACAAUAUGGAGGAGUGAUAUCGGUCCUAAACCAGAUGCGGGCGAUGCGGCAGUACUUUGCCCAACAUAACAUUGGCAAGUGUGAGAGCUAG